AUGGAAACACGCAAGAUUUUAAAUUUGAUAGCAAAUGACUUAUUUUAUACACUUUUUAUACAAACUUUUUUAGGGAGAUGGUUUUCAAAAUGAACAGCAUAUUGUGUUUGUUACGAUAAACGAAGGAGUACCUCAAACAGCGCUCGAGGAAACGUCGAUUCAACGAUGAGUUCACCCCUGUCAAGUUUGAAAAAGAACCACAAAUCAGCAUUGGGCCUGGGACAUUUGGCGAUGGGUUCCAAUGAUGUUAAGAAGCCAUUAGUUCCCUUUAGACCAGGAUAUACAGAUGAUGAACACAAACUCCUGGACGAGAUCACAAGCAGCAUGGCAUCCUCUCGCCCCAGAGGCAUGAGGGACCCUUUUCUUGGUGGGUUGCCAAAACCUUCAGAUGCAUCAAGUGGGCGAUCAAAUGUGUCCAGGGGAAGCAACUCUAAUAGUGUCCAGACAAGUCCAAGAUCAACUACAAGCACAAAAACGUCUGACCAUGAGCUGAUGUCCAUCAUGAUGGCUAGAUUGGCCCAGCUGGAGCAGAAAGUUCAAUAUCAGACCAAAGAUAUCUGUGAUAAGGAUAAGAAAAUUCGAAUAUUAGAAGACAAGGUGAAAAUUUUGAAUAAAGCCAGAGAAUCGGACAGUCCUGGAAAAACACAGCAUUUAGAAAAAAAGUGCUUGCUUCUCCAGCAGCAGAUUCAUGAAAUGGAGCAAUUCUUGGCCGACUAUGGGAUGGUGUGGGUGGGUGAGUCUGCUGACGAUGACUCAGAUGUCUAUCAGGCCGACAGCGAUGAAGACGAUACUCAGUCCACUAAAAGUAACCAGGGCAUAUGGAGACCAGGAGCAUCUGUGCCCACAACUGAGCUGAAGGUGGACUACAAUCAGCUGAUAAAGAAUGUGCAGGAACUGAACGUGUUGGCCGGGGAGGGAGUGGCAAGGGUACAGAGGACUACAGACGGGGCAAGACUUAAGAUUCCUGACUCUGUACCAUUAGUCCUGUAUGCUAAUGGUAUUGUCCUGUUUGCUGGUCCAUUCCGCCCCUUCACGGACCCCGCCACCCAGCAGUGUGUGAAAGACCUGAUGGAUGGUUACUUUCCCACAGAGCUUCAGAACAGGUACCCUGAGGGCAUCCCCUUACAGAUAACAGACAAGAGAGAAGUCUUCUUCAGAGACAAGCGGAAUGAUGAUGUGUUUAAGGGGUCAGGACAACUGCUGGGUGGGGAGACCAAACCCUCACGGCUGAUACCCAGUAAUCUAAACCUGGGGACACAGACAGCCAGUGCAGAGAACACCCAGGGGCUGGUGGAAGAGACAGAGUUACCAGGACCCAAGCAGUCUGUUGAUCAAUUCCUGGGCUCAUUACCCUCAUCUGUUAUCCGUGGUGGGAGAGUGAUUGAUAUCAGGGAGUCCCUCAGACAGGACAUACAGCCAUCCUCAGCUGCCAAUGAUGUGACUGUGGUAGAAACACAAGUUGUCAUGGACAUGAAGAAACGGUUGGAAAUCGAUCAGAAGAAGAGACCUCCAACUCCACGAAAUAUCACCACGCUGAGAAUCAAAGCUGAAACAGGGGAGAAAACCUUUGUGUUGAAAAUGAAGUUCACAGACACAGUAGCAGACUUGAGGAGAUACCUAGAUACUCAUAGAUUGCCUGGUUCCCCAGCCUAUGACAUCAUGUCUACAUUCCCUAGCCGGAUCCUGGAGGAUGACACUGUCUCCCUACAAAGCUGUGGCCUCACCCCUAAUGCUACCUUACACCUGCGGGUCAGGAAGGGGACAAUGCUGGCAGGAGGGAAGAGCUUAGAAUAACAGCACCCACACCAUCUUAGUACCCUGUAUUGAUGUUGUAGAAGGGUGUGUGUUUAAGUCUGGUGUUUGAAUCUAGAAGCUCCUUAAGCUUGCUGUAUUUACAUCAUAUAAAACCUGAAUCAAAACAUAAAAUCUCUGGUUUGUAAAGAUGCAAUCCCUCCAAAAUACAGUGCCAUACAACAUACAAUUCCUGCAAUACAGAUCCAUACAAAAUACAAUUCCCACAACAUACAGUCUCAUACGUACAACCCCUGCAGGCAACAGUCCCUGGAAAAAAAUAAAAUCCUUAAAUCUUUUCAGGAAAACAGUCAUGUAAAACAUAAAUUUCUUGAUUGUUAGGCGCAAUCUCUACAACUUACAAUCUACCUACAGCACUUACAAUUUAUACAAACAAGAGCACCCUGC